AAGAAAUUUUUCUAAACGAGUUGUUUAUCUGCAGUGGCGGAGAGAGUUUCCACAUUCAUGAGGCAGUUUCUGACCAAAAACCUAAAAUGAAUUUAAUUCCUCCCCUUGUCCUGUUCUAGUUUAAGGCUCAUUCGAAGGCUGGGAAAGAGCUUAGCAAAGUAUUGUUACAGGCAGCAGCUGCUUGGCCUCCUAGGUCAUUUCCACUUCAGCCCAGCCUCCCUCUUAUAGUUCUGGCAGGUCCUGGAGGGAGGCCUAGGGGCUCAGGAAGGUGCCUGUGGGUGGAACCGAGAGAGGCAGGGAAUGAGGUGGGCGAAGUUAGCUUCUGCCAGUGGCUGGAAACCUAGUUACAUAUUGUUAUACUCCUCAAUUCACCAACUAUUUUCUCUGUUUCAACACCAGGCUCUUAGUUUCUUUCUUUUUUCUUUUUUUUUUUUUUUUUUUUUUUUGGUUCUCUCCUUCAUUGUGCUCUGCGUCUCUCAUUCUGCUUCUCAUUUCCUCUUUCUUCCUCUCUGACUUUCUCCUCUGACUCUUUCUAACCCUAUCUCUCAUUCACUCUUUUCUCUCUUCCAUGUAUUCUCUGUUCCUUCUAAUAUUUCUCCCUUUUUGCUGAUCAUUCUCUCUUUCAUCCAAGCCCUCUGGCUUUUUCUCACCCAGUGUCUCUCCUUUGUUGAUUCUAUAUUUGUAUCUUCUUUGGUUCUCCGUAGACAUUCAUGUCACAAGGUCCUUUCUGGACAAUUCCCCAAACAAAAGCGUCACUCCAAGUCAAAAUGCACUGCUGGCAACCUCCCCUCUCCCUCGUCCAACCGGCCUCCUCAGUCACAUACAUCCAAGAGGUUGCUUUCUUUCCCCACUACAACCAGAUGUUUGUCCCUCAAUAAUUUUUAAGCUGCCCUCCUCCUGCUUUCCAUCUCAACCUAUUCUUUUUUGUCUCUAUUUGACCACACUCCUCCCACUUCCUCCAUCUCCUCAGAGGUGGAGUUCAUUUUUGUAAUCCAUUGUCAAGCUUCUCUCCCCUGAUGGAUGCUUCCACUUGUUUCCUUCUCUUAGUCUCAGUUUUCUCCUCUGAUCAGAUAUUGAACUAGAUGGCGACAAAGGUUCUUCCUAGUUCGAAUAUCCUUUUCAACUUUGAUUCAUGAUUUUAUGUUGUUCGCACCUCUUCAUCUGCUCUCAUUAAGUCUUGUUGGAGAGGGAGGAGAGUGGAAUGAAUUUGUGCCAAUGAUGAGGGAACAAUUUAUCAUAAUAUUCUCUCUUGAGAUUGGCUGCUAAAAUGUGGGGACAAGGUAUGAAAGCUUUGUGGGUAAAUGCAACAAAUUAUAUCAUUUUCUUCUCCUUUCAAUAGGUGAUUCCCUAGACUCUCCUGAAAAACACCAAGAAAGCUCCCAGAAAGUGACUCAUGUCUCUGUUCACCCACAUAUUAAUCUGCAUCUUUGGCUCUGGCUCUUGGAUUGCCAUCAAUGGCUUAUGGGUAGAGUUGCCUCUGCUGGUAGAAAGACUACCUGAAGGUUGGAAACUACCCUCCUAUAUCACCAUCAUCAUCCAGCUAGCCAAUGUGGGACCCCUCUUCAUCACCCUGCUCCACCGGUUCCGGCCUGGCUGCGUUUCUGAGAUUCCUGUCAUCUAUGUUCUGUUGGCCGUGGGCACAACUGCCUGCUUCCUCUUCGCUUUCCUGUGGGAGAAGACGUCGAUGGUGGCUGGUGUUUCCCAUAGCACAGCCUUCCUGAUCCUUACCUUUAUCUUGUCUCUGGUGGACUGCACCUCCUCUGUCACUUUUCUCCCCUUCAUGGCCAACUUGCCAGCCCAUUACAUGAAUACCCUUUUUGUUGGGGAAGGGCUGAGUGGUCUCCUCCCUGCCAUAGUGGCUCUGAUCCAGGGGUCAGGGACUAAAACUUGUGCCCAAGUUACCAAUAGCUCCAUAAUCACUGAACCAACUAACAUCCCUAAAGUUCCCUUCAUCCCUGAGGAUGUGACCAUGAGCACUGACCUUGUUUCUAGAACACCUAAGCCAGAGAAUUGUUACCUUUCAGCCAAUUUCUCCCCCUUUGUCUUCUUUCUCCUGCUGUCAGUCAUGAUGGCCAGCUGUCUGGCUGCCUUUUUUGCCCUGACACGUAUCUCUAAGCGAUGGGUAUGCUCUGAGAACCACCUGGCUAACCAAGUGAUUCUGAAAUCCUUCAAGUCCCAAGAACCCUCAGAUGGCAAAAGUGACAAAGACAACCGCCCCUCACUGGACCUGCCUGAGGAGAACAAGACUGCCGUCUGGUCACGGGCCCAAUUAGUCUUCAUCUACAUUCUGGUGGCUUUUGUGAAUGCCCUCACCAAUGGAAUCUUCCCCUCUAUUCAUUCCUUUUCCUGCCUGCCCUAUGGUUCCAGGGCCUACCACCUGUCUUCAGUGCUUGGCGUUAUAAUUCACCCCCUGGUUUGUCUCAUUUCUGUGUUCCUACCUGAAAUAUCUCUCUCCUGGCUGGGGAUGAUCACAGUGGUGGGAACCGGUUUUGGAGCCUACAACAUGGCCGCGGCUGUCCUGAGUCCCUGCCCCCCGCUGAAGGGCUCCCACUGGGGAGAGGCCCUCAUUGUUAUCUCUUGGGUGUCAUAUAACGGGAUCCUGAGCUACGUGAAGGUGAUGACUGGGGUGUACCUGCGCAAGGUGGGCCACAGCGCUCUCCUGUGGUGUGGUGCAGCGAUACAACUAGGCUCUGCAAUUGGGGCGAUACUCAUGUUUCCUCUUGUCAACGUGUUGCAAAUUUUUAAGUCCGCCGAUGGAAGCAGCCUGCAGUGUCCCAGCUGAGCGUGCCCUAGGGCAACUUUUCUGGGACCAGGAGAGCCAAAGCCAUGGAAAGGCAAUCACAUCCCUAUCCAAGUUUCCCUCAGACACUGGCACAGGCACUCUCAGGUCUGCUUUCUCUACUCUAUUCUCACCCCAGUAACGUUAAAGCUUCCACAGUUUGAGCCAUCUGGGAAGACUCCACUCCCAGCUCUAAGAGUCAAAGCCACAAAUUCCACAAUUAGCUAGUCAGGAUUUCGGUCACUGUUCUGGGAAACGAUUGUUACUGGCAUUUGGAUACAUGUUCUAUCUGGGGCAAACAAAGAUUAGCCCACAGUCUUCAGGGGCAUAUGGGCUAGCCUAUUGUUAACUGGCUAAGUGACUUGCCUAGGAUCAUUCAAUCAGUAUAUGAUGGAGGGCUUCCUAAUUUUAGUUUUCUUUUUAAAUGUUUUUAAAUUCAAUAGUAUUUUAUUUUUUCAAUUAUAUGCAAAAAUAGUUUUUAACUUCUGUUUUUGUAAGAUUUUGAGUUCCAGGAUUUUUUCUUCUUCUCUCUUCUACCUCCCUCCUACCAGGAUUGCAGACAAUCUGAUAAAGGUUAUACAUGUACAGUCAUUUUAAAGUCUUCAGGUGCAUAUGGGCUAGCCUAUUGUUAACUGGUUAAGUGACUUGCCUAGGGUCAUUCAAUCAGUAUAUGAUGGAGGGCUUCCUAAUUUUAGUUUUCUUUUUAAAUGUUUUUAAAUUCAAUAGUAUUUUAUUUUUUCAAUUAUAUGCAAAAAUAGUUUUUAACUUCCGUUUUUGUAAGAUUUUGAGUUCCAAGAUUUUUUCUUCUUCUCUCUUCUACCUCCUCCUACCAGGAUUGCAGACAAUCUGAUAAAGGUUAUACAUGUACAGUCAUUUUAAACAUAUCUUGUGAAAAAGAAAUCAGAACAAAAGCAGAAAAGUACAAAAAAGAAAAAGCAAACAAAAUAAAAAGGUGGAAAUAGAAUGCUUCAAUCUAUGUUCAGUCUCUAUAGACCUCUCUCUGGAUGCUGAUGGCGUUUUUCAUCCCAAGUCUAUUGGAAUUGUCUUGGAUCAAUGUAUUGCUAAGAAGAGCCAAGUCUAUCAUAGUUGAUCAUCACAAAAUCUUGUAAUUACUGUGUACAAUGUUCUGGUUCACUGCACUCAGCAUCAGUUCAUCUAAGUCUUUUCAAGUUUUUCUGAAGUGAGUAUGCUCAUCAUUUCUUAUAGAACAAUAAUAUUUCUUUACAUUUAUAUACCAUAACUUAUUCAACCAUUUCACAACUGAUGGGCAUCAAUUCAAUUUCCAGUUCCUUGCCAUCACAAAAAGAGUUGCUACAAACAUUUUUGCACAUGUGGGUCCUUUUUCCUCUUUUAUGAUCUUGUUGAGAUACAGACCCAGUAAUAACACUGCUGGAUCAAAGGGUUUACACAGUUUUAUAGCCUUUUGGUUAAAUCUAACUAUGUUACUUUACACUUAUUUUUUCUACUUGAAGUGAGUCAAAGUAUACAUUGUUUAAAUCAAUAAAAUAAAAUUCUUAUUCAAUGUAACAAAUGUGCCCAUUAAAUGCCUAUAAUAUGCAAGAUACUAUGUACUGGAGAUAUAAAGAAGACAUUAAAACAAAAACAACUCUCCUCGGUGAACUUAAAUUCUAAUGGGAUAUUCAUUUUCUAAGUGGAGGUGGCAUUUAAACUGAAUCAUUAAAGAAAGAAUCUAGAAAGGACAUUCCAGGCAAAGAGUCAGCUUGUGCAGGAUGGAUUUUGGAAUGCUGAGUCUGGGGAACAUCUAAGUAGUUCUAUACAUGAAAGUGAGAAAUCUGAAUUAAAUUUGAAAUGUGAAACAUGAAAAACUUUAAAUGCCAGGCUAAAAAUUUGUAUUUUAUCCUAAAGAUGAUAAAAGCCUCUUGAUAUCCCUGGAGAGAAGGGGAUGAAUGACAAACUCAGUGAAGACAGAACUGACAAAGAUCAGUGGAGAUAGCAGAGUAAGUACAGCCAAACUCUCUCCUACAAAGAAUCUGA